AUGAUUUCGCGCUUCACCCUUUUGUUGCUUCUGAGCUUGGCGAUCGAGGCAUCCACACAGACUGUCGGGCAAGAUGUAUGUGUAUGUUCACCGGGAGCAUAUGAAAUCACACUAGACUUUAGCCUUGUCUGCCCACCCACAAAUAUUACCGAGUCCGAUCCCGGAAUCAGGAAAAUCUCUUGUUUGAUCUCGCAAUUUGGAUCACCAGGUGCCACAGAUCUUGUACCUGCCAGUGUUGAUAGAAUUGAUGUAUUAGAAAUUCGUGAGGAUACCACGCUGAUUUUGAGAAAUGAAAUCAGUGGGCCUCUUAGUGAUGGAGAUACUAUUACAUACACAACAAAUCCCAUUGGGAGCACAGCAGAUAUUCCAAUUGGAAUCCAAUUCAAUACACACGCUUUCAACGCGGCGGGCGAACCACUCCUCAAUAUUUUGAGUAUCCAAUACACCAAUGAGUGUGAUGUGUAUCCAGUCAUCGGGCAAGGUCAAACAGCUGGGUGGCUUCAAUUCACUCGUUUGGAUCCUCCACAAAGCGGCUUUUGUCCUGCAUCAGAAUCGGAAGCACCGACUGUCAGUUCGAGCUCCAGUCCCUCUGCAACACCAACAAUCACUGGAAGCAGUCCACCUACCAUUCUGACUGUUACAGCGAGUCCUACCGUUGCACCAGAUGAUACUUCCGUCCCAACGGCUUCACUUGUUUCGGAAGCACCGUCAGUGUCUACAACUGAAAUCCCAUCAGAAAGCCCAUCUGCAAUCCCAUCUGCAAUCCCAUCUGCAAUCCCAUCUGAGAUGCCAAUCACAUCCACUGAAGCUCCCGUGCCUUCUCCAACAGAAGCACCAGUUUCGUCGCCGACGGAAGUACCAGUUCCAUCUCCAACAGUAGCACCAGUAAAUCCACCAGUUGCUGAUCCUACUCCAUCGCCCAUUCCCUCGCCAACAGUCAUGCCAAUACAGGGUGGUAUGUCCAUGUCUAUGUCCAUGGCGAUGAUGGACAUGAUGGAAGUGUUGGAUGUGGAAGUGAUGAUGGACAUGGAAGCAGCUCUUGAUUCCGCAGUAGAGCAAUAUGAGGAGUUUGGCCGAAUGGGAGGUAGUGCCAAAUCAUCAAAGAGCAGUAAGAAGACUGUCGAAACCCGAAAAGCUGCCGCCCCGACUCCAAAAUCCACGAGCGAGAGCUAUCGCGGUGCCAAGAAGUCGUCAAAGAGAAGAUAG